AUUUUUGACCAUAGAAGCAAAAUAAUCCCAGGCAAAGAGAGACCUUUAUGUAAGCAAAUACUCCAUUUCUGCAUUGUUGAUGGCAGUAUUCUCUCAACAUUUACAGAACAAAACUUUAUAAAUAGUUAGGAGGAGAAGGAACUAGCCAUUCGAAGAGAUCAUGGGUCGUCCCAAAAGGGCUUUCUUGAUUUUCAUUUUGGUCGUGUUUUCAAGCAGACCUAUUUCCUCAGACUCGAUCUGGACCACGGAAGAGCCAUCUGAGAUUCCCACAAGUUUCCUGAAUUUCGCCAAGAAGCCUGAGGUCUUUGAUUGGAUGGUGGGUGUUAGGAGGAGGAUUCAUGAGAACCCUGAACUAGGGUAUGAAGAAUUCGAAACUUCUAAGCUCAUUAGACAGGAAUUGGAGAAGAUGGGAAUUGAGUAUAAGCACCCUGUUGCUGGUACUGGAAUUGUUGCCUUCACUGGUUCAGGGAAACCUCCCUUUGUUGCUCUAAGAGCUGACAUGGAUGCACUUGCCUUACAGGAAUUGGUUGAGUGGGAGCAUAAGAGCAAGAACCCUGGAAAAAUGCACGCUUGUGGCCAUGAUGCACACGUUGCAAUGCUUCUUGGAGCUGCAAGAAUUCUCCGGGAUCAUCGCAGCUUUCUGAAGGGCACAGUUGUUCUUGUUUUCCAGCCGGCAGAGGAAGGCGGUGGAGGGGCGUCGAAGAUGAUUGAAGCCGGAGUUCUUGAUAAUGUCGAAGCCAUAUUUGCUCUCCAUUUACAUCCUGUCGCAUCGGUUGGGCAGGUUGAAGGCAGAGCUGGCCCGAUCGCUGCAGGUGCCGGUUCGUUCGAAGCUGAAAUAAGCGGGAAAGGAGGGCAUGCGGCAAUUCCUCAGCAAUCGAUCGACCCGAUUUUAGCUGCUUCGAAUGUAAUCGUCAGCUUGCAGCAGCUGGUUUCCCGGGAAUCCGAUCCUCUCGACUCCACGGUGCUGAUGGUCGCUAAAUUCCGAGGGGGCGGUGCGUUCAAUGUGAUUCCAGAUUCGGUGUCAAUCGGCGGCACAUUUCGCGCCUUCGCAACGCAAACGUUGUUGCACCUCAAGCAGCGAAUCGAGGAGGUCAUCGUGGGACAAGCAGCCGUCCAAAGAUGCAACGCGACCGUUACGUUCAACUCAGGCGAAAAGCCAAUGUGGCCUCCCACAGUGAACGACGAGAAGCUCCACAAACUCUUCGAGAAUGUCGCGGGGGACAUGCUCGGCGCCCACAGCGUCAAAACCGCACACCCAGUUAUGGGAGCGGAGGAUUUCUCGUUUUACCAGGAACAGAAGCCGGGAUAUUACUUCUUCCUCGGAACGAAGGAUGAAACGGCGGAAGAUCCCGCAUCGUUACACUCGCCGUAUCUGAAGAUCGACGAAAACGCACUUCCCGUCGGUGCUGCGCUGCACGCGUCACUCGCAGUUCGGUAUCUUCUCGAAAAUUCCCCGGCAGCAACACCUUAUAAAGAACCCGAGCACAACGAGCUAUGACCACGGAACCAUUACAAUAAGAGUCGAGAGAUCGAAGGCUCUUCGGUUAAGUUAAAAACUCUUCGUUCUAUCGAUCGAUCUAUAUAUAUAUAUAUGAAUCUGUUCAGCAUUCUAUGCCUAUGUUGACAGAAAAGAAUAAGAAAUGUUGAUCUCUCAAAACCCGAGAAAAUCGAACGAGUGUUCGAGCAGCUGAUCGAGGGCGCCGGGGGCGAACUUUCUGGCGAAAA